GUGACAAUGGCGACGGUUGAACCUACAGUCAGUCCCGCGACUGCGCCUCCCGGCGACUCGAGCAAAACAGUAACCACAAGGGCCCCAGCUGGGCCGCCGAGGACGCCAUUGAAUCAAAUCUAUGCGCUGCCCGCACCCAUUCGGACCUUCCCUUUACCUGCGUUCUAUCCAAACAACCCAAUUUCUCUUUUUCACUUGGUGUACGCCUGGUUGAGACAGGUUCUGUCCCCGCCAUCCAAAGAACCGUCUGUCAUCCAUAUUGGAGUAUGGGAUCCAGAUACAUGUUCUGUUCAUGUCCCAGACCCAGCGUCCAUCCGGGCUCUCUGGGAGCAGGGAUUCUUUGGCAAAGGAAGUCUGAGUCGUAGUGAGCCUAAUUGGCUGAAGAGGGAGCUCGCUCGGCGAGGUUCGCCCGAAGGAAAGACGGUGAGCGAGGUUCGCACAGAGUCGCGUCGUGAGGAACGCCGCCUUGCCAAAUGGGAAAGAGCAAGGGCAGAGCUGGAGGCUAUUGAACGCCAGAGGCUUGCCGAAGCUGCCCUCCAACACCAUCACCGGUAA